AUGGCUCUGCCGUCGGUAAACCUUAGGCACGGCAGCGAAUCGCCGGCCAGCGGUUCCCUGACGCCAUUCCUGACAAAGACGUACCAGCUGGUGGACGAUCGGGAGAUCGAUGACGUCAUCUCCUGGAACGCCGACGGAUCCACUUUCAUCGUCUGGGACACGUCGGAGUUCGCCCGAGAACUGCUGCCCAAGUACUUCAAGCACAACAACUUUUCCAGUUUCAUUCGUCAGCUCAACACCUACGGAUUUAGGAAAGUUAUGCCCGAUCGAUGGGAAUUCUUCAACGAGUACUUCAGACGGGGCGAGAGGAAGCUCCUCCACGACAUUCACCGACGUAAAAUAGCUCCGCCGCCGGCGCCGCCGCCUAGGAUGGCUUUCCCUUCCGAAUCCGGCGAGGAGCAGCUGAUUUCGUCCCCCUCCGUAUCUCCGCUAAUCGGAGAGAACAAGAGGCUGAAAAUGGAGAACGUGCAGCUCAACAAGGAGCUGAGGCACAUGAAGUGUCUCUGCAGCAACAUCUACGUUCUCAUGUCCAACUUCAUCAACCACGGCGGCGGUGGCGGCGGCGGUGGGUUGCACUCGACCCAUGUGGCGGCGGAGCCUCUGGAUUUAUUGCCGAUGACGAGAUUCGGCAAAGGAAUUUCAGCGGCGGGUAGAAAUCGGGCGGCGGCGACGGCGGAGGCGGAUGGGAUGGAUCUACGGCUGCAGCCGCUGGGAGGGGAGAUCAAAUCUGAGCCGUUGGACGACACGCGAGAUAUUCAAUCUUGA